AUGGUAAGCAAUGAACACUAUACUGUAUUUGGGCUUCGGAAAUGGGGCCAGCCUUGGCAGACCUUGUCUCAGCUUUAGUGACGUUUAGAUUGGAAGAUCCUAACCAAAGUGAUCUAUGAAUGAAGUAAUUAUUGACAGACAGAACAACUCAGAUUUUCUGUUCGAGACCUGGUUAUAAAUGCCCUUCAUUUCGGAGAUUGGAAACAAAACAUUUACACACUUACUCAACAAUGGGAGACGGCAAAGUUAUUAAAGAAUCAAGAAACCUCUCAGAUAACGCAACAAAGAACACUAAAGAAAAUGUUUCUUCAAAGAAAGACCAUAAGCAAAAGCUAGAUCGCAGACAAGACCAAGGCGAUGAGGAUGACGAUCUUGCCUCUGAACCGGAAGAGGACGAUCCAGAAGACGGUAGCAAGGCUGACUACGCGUCUGCUGGGGAACAUCAAGAUAACAAAACCGGUACUGGCCAAGAUAAUGAUGAUGAUGAUGAUGAUGAUGAAGAAGAAGACAGUGAUCAAGGUUCAGCCAGUGACGUUUCUGAAGAUGAAGAUGAAGAACAUGAGCUUCUAGAGAAACUUGUUGGAUGCAAGGUCAACAAGAGUGGAAAAGUCCUUGAUCAAGAUGGCAAUGUCAUUGGAGAAGUCGUUUCCGGUAACCGCAAGAAGGCCGUCGGCCGAAGAGUCAAAGAAAAUGGUGCUAUAAUUGACAGCAAAGGCAACUAUAUUGCUGGCGUUGCUCCUGUACGUCCUGAUACUACCGAAGAGGCACCAGCCGAUGAGAAGCAAGAAGAUAAGCCAGAAGAAGAGCAAGAAGAAAAGAAAGAAGAUCCAGAAGAUGAAGCUGAAGCCAAACCAGAAGAUGAAGCUGAAGCCAACCCAGAAGAUGAAGCUGAAGCCAAGCCAGAAGAUGAAGCUGAAGACAAGCCAGAAGACCAAGCUCCCGAGGAUCAAGACAAGCCAAAGAAUGAAAUUCCUGAAGAUGCCAACACUGUCGAUGAAUCAGGCAAGGUUCUUUCUCCAACUGGAGAAAUCGUUGGAAAGCUCAUCAAGGGCAACCGCCAUAAGCUUGCCGGCAUGAUGGUCGACGAAGAAGGCAACGUUCUUGACGAAAAUGGUAACUCCGUCGGCAAGGUAGAACUAAACCCUCCCGAAAAACCUGGUGUUCCCGACGAUGCCAAUACUGUCGAUGAAUCAGGAAAGAUCCUUUCUCCAACCGGCGAAGUUGUCGGUAAGCUGAAGAAGGGCAACCGCCAUAAGCUCGCUGGCAUGAUGGUAGACGAAGAAGGCGAUGUCAUUGAUGAGAACGGCACCCUCGUUGGCAAGGCUGAAUUCAAUCCUCCUGAAACAACUGAAGAAGAAGAAAAGCCCAAGAAGGAAGUUCCUGAUGAUGCCAACACUGUCGAUGAAUCUGGAAAGGUUCUUUCUCCAACUGGAGAGGUGGUUGGAAAGCUCAUCAAGGGCAACCGUCAUAAGCUUGCUGGCAUGGAGGUCGACGACGAUGGCAAUGUUGUUGAUGAAAACGGCUCCGUUGUUGGUAAGGCAGAAUAUAAUGCUACUGAAAAGUCCGAAGAAGAAAAGAAGGCAGAAGCUGAAGAGCAAGAACAGCGAAAGAUUGCCGGUCAAAUGGGUGAAUACAUUGAGCAAGCCCUCAACAGAAUCAAGCCCAUUCUCAAGAUGAUCACUGAGCACAUUGAGACUGAGGAGCGCAAGCCAGAAAAGGAGCGCGACGAAGAAGGCCUAGUUAAAAACGUACGCCCCCUCAUUGAAGAAGGCUCUAAUAUUCUUGGCGAAGCCAAUGGUGCUAUUCGUGGCCUUGACCCUACUGGCAAGAUUGCUAAAACUGCUCAAGCAAAGUCUGCUGAAAGAAAGGCUUCACCUGAGGAAUAUCGCUUGGCCGAGUUGCUCUCUAACCUUACCGGUGAAGUCACCCAGACCAUUGAAAAAGCAAAGAAGAAGAUUGCUGGCAUGCCCCAUGCUGAAAAAGAGUUGAGCCCCCUAUGGAAUUUGUUGCAAAACCCAUUGCUCCAAAUCUUAGCUGCUGUUGGACUGCUCCUCAGUGGCGUGUUAGGCCUUCUUGGUAAUAUCUUGAAUGGUCUUGGUCUUGGAGGACUGGUCAACAAUCUUCUUGGAGGACUUGGACUUGAUAAGAUCCUUCAAAACCUUGGAGUUGGAAAGCUUCUCGGUGGCGGUAAGAAGAAGUAAACCCGCCUUUUGUAAUAAUAGGACAGUUGUAUGUAUUAUGUAGUAGUAUGCACAUAUCUUUAGCUGAAUAAAAAAUAUUAUGUAUAUCUCUUUUUAAAAAGGUACUUGUAUCCACUUGAUAACGAAAAGACUUUUUGUGCGUAUU